ACAAAUUAUAUGACUAUUUUGCCGAUAUUAUAGAGAAGCUUAAUUAAUUAAGGUACAUAUUUGUGUAUCAACUCGCACUGUGACCCAGCUGUCAAUUGAUUGCAUUAUAAUUGUAAGAGAUAAGUAUGUUGAAAUUAUUUAGGUACAUAUAACAAACGAAUGCGCCAGUUGUUGCCGAGUUUUGCAUCCGGGCAGAUUCGCGAUGUUACUGUAUAUACCGAUAUUGAUUUUAGUUUUACUUGUUGGGUUACAUUUGCACUUUAGAUAUUGUCAUGCAGGCCGACUAAUCGCCAAAAUUCCUGGACCAAGGGGGUGGCCUCUGAUAGGAAUCCUCUUUCAGGUUUUAUUACCACCAGAUGAAUUAUUUUUAUAUGCAAGAAAACUGCGAGCGGAAUGUAAAGGACCAAUAAUACAACUAACUUCUUUCAAUAUACGCAUUGUUAACAUUUACGACCCAGUGGAUAUCGAGAUUAUACUGUCUACAACCCGUUUUAACGAAAAACGCCUUCCGUACACUUUCCUAGCACCUUGGCUCGGCCAAGGAUUACUAGUGAGCAACGGAAAUAAAUGGCACCAAAGGCGAAAGUUGUUAACUUCAGCGUUUCACUUCAACAUUCUAAAGCAGUUCUGCCAAACAAUCAUCGAGCAGACGGAAGAGCUGCUCGGCUGUGUGCAGGCCGAGCUCGUCAGCCCCAGGACCGAUUUGGUGCCUAUUAUAACUAAGGCAACUCUUCGCAUUAUGUGCGAAACUUCCAUGGGUACGUCAUUACGUGAAGGUGCAGAAUCGAAAAAAUACAUUUCUGCUCUCUAUACGAUUGGUUAUUGUAUAGUAAACCGGAUGAUCCGACCUUGGCUGUAUCCCGAUGGAAUAUUUUACCUCUCCGCAUUUUGGAGAAUGGAAAAGUCUGCCUUGAAAUAUUUACAUAAAUUUACAAACCAAGUUAUCUUAGAAAGAAAAGUACAGAAAGCUUCCAAUGAGAAAGCCAACGACGGCUCGGAAGUGCAUGGGCAAAAAAAUAAACAAGCUUUUUUGGAUUUGCUCCUCGUCAACGAAAGGGACAAAAAAAUAGACAAUAAUGGAAUAAGGGAAGAAGUGGACACAUUUAUGUUCGAGGGUCACGAUACAACUGCUAUGGCGCUUUGUUUUAUGAUUAUGAGGAUCGCCAACGAACCUAUUGUCCAGAAUUGUAUCAACGAGGAGCUGCAAUGUAUAUUCGGCGACGACAGUCAUCGACCAGUGACGUUUGAAGACCUGGGCGAGAUGAAAUAUCUGGAGUGCUGCAUCAAAGAGUCCCUGCGCCUCUAUCCCAGCGUGCCAUUCAUCGCUCGCCACAUUACUGAAGACGUCAUAUUAGGAGGCUACAGAGUACCAGCUGGUACUAUUUGCCAGAUCAACGUAUUCGAUAUCCACCGAGAUGAAGCUGUUUAUCCAGACCCUGAACGAUUUAUACCGGAAAGGUUUUUCAAUGGAAAACGACAUCCGUAUGCUUACAUACCAUUUAGCGCUGGACCAAGGAAUUGUAUAGGUAUGAAAUUCGCUAUGAUGGAGUUGAAAGUGGUGAUGUGCGGGUUGCUGCGGCGGUUCCGGUUGGAGCCGGUGACGAGGCCUGCGGAUGUGCGGUUCACCGGCGACCUGGUGCUGCGGGCCGCGCACCCGCUUUACGUGCGCUUCGUCGAUCGGGGCUCCAACGACUGUUGAAGUGGAUUUACUGUGGGAGCUCCUACUGGAGUCGGUAACGCGGCCCGCGGACGUGUAAUUCACCGGCGACCUGGUGCUGCGGGCCGCGCACCCACUGUACUAGCGCGUCGUCAUUCAGGACUCCAGCGACUGUUGAAAUGGAGUUACUACGGGGGUUCUUACUGGAGCCGGUGACGAAGCCCGCAGAUUGAUCAUACUUAAGGUUCAAAGGCACCCCAGCCAUACAAUAAAAAUAAUAAUUUCCUCGGCUUCCCCAGAAUCCCACAAAAAAGUCUUUUACCGGUCCCACCGUCUUCAAGAAAUUGGUAAAUGUACCCACAUUAAAAACACAAAGACCGUCUAAUUGAAAACCUCCUCCCUAUUAAGGCGGUUAUUACACUGACGCGGCAUCCGAUUGGAGUAAACAGAUUUUAACCUACAGUAGUAAACUUAAUUAUUAGCUUUUUGUCCACGACCUUUAAUUGCUUUGGCAUUACUAUGACGCGGUCCUGACUGUUACCUGUGGCACACAUGAGUUUUCUUGUUGUCAAGCAGUAUGAGGAAGUCGUCAGAGAGUAAAUUCAUAUUCAUUCCGCGGCGUGCGUUAAUUAUCGUCGCUUCUAUUUCCCUCAUCAUGCACUUCGCACAUAUCGAAUUAUACCCAUGCUUGUUAUUAAUUAUUGUGACAGUCUAUAUUAAUUAUUUAGUUACUUAAAUAUAUAGUCGUAAUAAAUAUUAUGUACGACAUAACUACACACUAUAUGCCAUGUAACCGGAUUUGUUGUUAUCUAUUAAUUAGCACAUUACUCUGUAUCUAAUGAGUUCUAUUUAUCCUAAGUACUCGUAUUUAAUAAUUAAUAUAAUUAUAACAUACCUACAUUUUAUUUAUAAAUAGAAAAUAUUUAUUUGUAAGCACAGACGCAGAACUUAAACUUAUACAAAAAGCAGGAAAAACAUAAGAAGGAGUGCCACGAAAUGGUCACAUUUCAGCGUGAUGCUGGCGACUUCCAGUGCUUGUUUUCCGAUGUACUAGAAGUCGCCAGCACGACAGGUCCGAAAAUCGACAUUAAAAAGAAAGGAACGUACGAAAAACAUACAAUAGACGGAAACAAAUUUACAAGUGAUGAUUAGUUAACUUAAUAAUAACAUCGAUCGGCGAUUUCAAUAUUGUUUCACUUAUCAUAUUCAUUUCCUUUAAUUAAUUGCAAAGCAAAGUAGUGCGUUGGCCUCUAGUUACCAUUCCCUAGGAAUAUGUUAUUGCAGCUGACGUUUGUUGCUCAAAUUGUUGUAAUGCACAUGUAACACAAGAGGAAAAUUAUGAAAUAGUGAU